AUGGGCCGGCUAGCUAUCCGUCCGAAUCGGUCACGACUCACGUGGCUGAGAGAGAACAAGAACACCCACCCCAUCUCCGUCACCAAUGCGGUCUCGCGCGUCCUCGCUGCUCACCCGGGACCCUUCCACCGCGUCGACCUGUCCUGCAGCAUCAUGGAGGCACACCUCCCGGAGCUCGACCGCUGGCUCCAGCUCCUCGCCGCCAAAGCCGUCGAGGAGCUCGUCUUCGUCAACCGUCCCUGGCCCAUCAACCUGCGCCUCCCGGCCACGCUCUUCAGCUGCACAUACCUCCGACGCCUCUACAUCGGCGUAUGGAGGUUCCCCAACACCGCUGGCCUCCCCCAAUGCAGCACCGCCUUCCCGCACCUGCUGGAGCUUGGCCUUUGCUGUGUACUCAUGGAGGACCGCGAUCUCGAAUCCAUUAUCUCCAGGAGCCCUGUCCUUGAGAUACUCACUGUGGUUCUCAGCCAGAACGUAGUGCGCCUCCGCUUUGUCAGCCACAGCCUACGUUGUGUGCAGCUCGGCUUCUCCUGCGUGGCGGACCUUGCAGCUGUGGACGCCCCAUGCCUCGAUCGGCUCUUACUGAGCGAUAUUUGGGCCACGGAAGGGAGAAAAUUCUCGACGAGGAUCAAGAUCGGCCUUGCCCAGGGGUUGAGGUCACUAGGAUACCUGGAGCCAGGGCGACACUUGCUGCAGAUCGGCACCACCACCAUCAAGGCUAGAACAAGAGCAACCCCAAGUACCAUGGUUCCAAGCGUGCGGAUCUUAGCAUUGAAGGUGUACUUUGGUACCCUCAACGAAGCCCAGAUGUUGUGCAGUUUCCUCCAGUGCUUUCCCAACGUCGAAACGCUGCACCUCAAGUCUGACAAAGCUGACGAACUCAACAAUGCCACUGGGGAGCACAAGGCCAUGUUCUGGAAGGGAGCUGGUGAAAUUGAAUGUAUCAAGUCACAUGUUAAAAAGAUGGUUUUCGAUGAGUUCCAAGGGAAGCAGAGUGAGCUUGCCUUCAUCAAGUUUGUCAUGGAGAGGGCGCAGGUGCUGCAAAAGAUUGAUAUUAUUUCCACCAAUGCAAGUUGCACAACUUUGGAGAAGAAUAAGCUGGUUUUGAAGGCUCUGGAUUCUGUAAAACCUGCGAGUAAAAAUUGUCAAGUAGUGUACUCGACACAUGCCCUUCUCGAAGAAGGCGGCAGUUGGAGCUUCCAAAGAGCAUCUGAUUUAUCUCGUAGUGAUCCUUUUGAGUUUUGACCACAGAGGUCUGAAACUCUAGCUGUUAAUAAUCUAGUGAAUUAAUUUAUCUACAUGCAAGACUUUGGGCUGUUUAGGUUCUGAAUAUUGCAUGAGUAAUGUAUUCUGUACUAUCAUUAUUAAGUUGAACUUAUCAGGGAUGAAGUUGUGAGCAUUUCUGUUCUGUAUGCAAAACAUUACUACCACCAAUAUUUGUUUUGCUAUAUCUGCCAAUUAUCUCUGUUUCA